CCGCCGGCCUCUAUAAAGCACCGCUCCUCUGCGGCAACGUACGCACACCACCCGCAGCCGCAGGGAAGCCACAGCAUUCCGCUCGACGCCCGCCGUCCCCGUCCACCUCGCCACCGGAACUCCCUCGCCACCCGCUACAUCCGGAUUCUGUCUGCAGAGCAGAAAGGAUGGCGACCAAGGUGGUGGACCUGCGGUCGGACACGGUGACCAAGCCGUCGGAGGCCAUGCGCGCCGCCAUGGCCGCGGCGGACGUGGACGACGACGUGCUGGGCGCCGACCCGACGGCCUGCCGCUUCGAGGCCGAGAUGGCGCGGAUCAUGUGCAAGGAGGCGGCGCUGUUCGUCCCCUCGGGCACCAUGGCCAACCUCAUCUCCGUCCUCGCGCACUGCGACGCCAGGGGCAGCGAGGUCAUCCUCGGCCACGACUCCCACAUCCACGUCUACGAGCACGGCGGCAUCUCCACCCUCGGCGGCGUCCACCCCAGGACCGUCCCCAACAACCCCGACGGCACCAUGGACGUCGACAGGAUCGUCGCCGCCAUCCGGAGCACGGACGGGGCGCUCUACUACCCCACCACCAGGCUCAUCUGCUUGGAGAACACCCAUGGAAAUUCUGGUGGGAAGUGUCUGACCGUAGAAUACACUGACAAGGUUGGUGAAGUCGCUAAGGCUCAUGGCCUGAAGCUUCAUAUCGACGGAGCUCGUAUCUUCAAUGCUUCCGUGGCACUUGGAGUUCCUGUUGACAGACUUGUGAGAGCUGCUGAUUCAGUUUCGGUAUGCCUGUCGAAAGGGAUAGGUGCUCCUGUUGGAUCAGUUAUCGUUGGCUCCAAGGCCUUCAUACACAAGGCUAAAAUUCUUAGGAAGACGCUAGGUGGUGGAAUGAGGCAGGUAGGGGUUCUCUGUGCUGCCGCCGAAGUCGGUGUUCGCGACACCUUAGGCAAGCUUGCCGAUGACCAUCGGAAGGCUAAAGUUUUAGCAGACGGACUGAAGAAAAUCAAACAGUUCACAGUUGAUUUGACUUCAGUGGAGACCAAUAUGGUGUUCUUUGAUAUGGCGGAUCCGCGCAUAACGCCUGCCAAACUGUGCCAAGCCCUGAAACAGCGCAGUGUGCUUGCAAUGCCAACAAGCUCCAAGAGCGUCAGAUUCGUCGUCCACUACCAAAUUUCAGACAGUGACAUCCAGUAUACUUUAAAAUGUAUUGAGGAAGCCGUGGAGGAAAUCCUGGCAUGCGACGCCAAAUCGGAGCGUUGUUCGACCAACGGCACAAGCUAGCUAGGCCACACUUCGUGAAUUACUACGUGAUUGCUAUGCAUGAUGCACCAUCCAGAUCGUUUGUGAAAUAAUGGAUUGCCUGUUUGUGCGCGGUGUCAAUUUUGUGGGCAUGAUGCACUAUCCA